CGCGCCAUAGUGGCUGCGGCCGCGCGCGUUGUGAGGGAGGACGGGGAGUCUGUGCUGGAGCACGAGCGGCGGCGGCCGGCCGGCGGGCGGGCAGCGGCAGGAGCCGCCUCGGCUUUCUGGGCACUCCCCCGUCACCCGACUAGCCGAGCCGGAGUUAGUAGAUGGGGCAGAGCUGUGCCCGCUGAGGAGGAGCCGGGGAGAGGGAGCCGGGGCCAGCCGCAGCAAUGCAGCAAGUUUUGGAUAAUCUUACUGAUCUGCCCACAUCAACAGGAGCUGAAGAAAUAGACCUUAUUUUCCUCAAAGGAAUUAUGGAGAACCCUAUUGUAAGAUCACUUGCUAAGGCUCAUGAGCGACUGGAAGAUUCUAAACUUGAGGCUGUCAGUGACAACAACCUGGAGCUAGUGAAUGAAAUUCUUGAAGACAUCAGUCCUUUAAUAAACAAAGAUGAAAGUAUUGCAGAAUUAGUUGGUAUACUCAAGGAACCUCAUUUUCAGUCACUCUUGGAAGCCCAUGAUAUUGUGGCAUCAAAGUGUUAUGAUUCCCCUCCUUCUAGCCCAGAAAUUAAUAAUUCUUCAGUGAACAACCAGGUAGUACCAGUAGAUGCCAUUCGUAUACUUGGUAUUCACAAACGAGCAGGGGAGCCACUGGGUGUUACAUUUAGGGUUGAGAAUAAUGAUCUAGUAAUAGCACGAAUCUUGCAUGGCGGAAUGAUAGAUCGACAAGGUCUUCUGCAUGUGGGAGACAUCAUUAAAGAGGUGAAUGGUCAUGAAGUUGGAAACAAUCCAAAAGAGCUACAAGAACUACUGAAAAAUAUUAGUGGCAGUGUCACUCUGAAAAUUCUUCCCAGCUAUAGAGACACUGUUAUUCCUCAACAGGUAUUUGUGAAGUGUCAUUUUGAUUAUAAUCCAUACAAUGACAACCUGAUCCCAUGCAAAGAAGCAGGUUUGAAAUUUUCUAAAGGAGAAAUUCUUCAAAUCGUAAACCGUGAAGACUCAAAUUGGUGGCAGGCUAGCCAUGUCAAAGAAGGAGGAAGUGCUGGCCUUAUACCUAGCCAGUUCCUGGAAGAGAAGCGGAAGGCAUUUGUUAGGAGGGACUGGGAUAAUUCGGGGCCCUUUUGUGGAACAAUAAGUAGCAAAAAAAAGAAAAAGAUGAUGUAUCUCACAACUAGAAAUGCAGAAUUUGAUCGUCAUGAAAUCCAGAUAUAUGAGGAGGUAGCCAAAAUGCCUCCUUUUCAGAGGAAGACAUUGGUCUUAAUAGGGGCCCAGGGAGUGGGUCGAAGAAGUUUGAAAAACAGAUUUAUAGUAUUGAAUCCCAUUAGGUUUGGAACUACAGUGCCAUUUACUUCACGAAAGCCAAGGGAUGAUGAAAAAGAUGGGCAAGCAUACAGAUUUGUGUCACGAGUUGAAAUGGAGGCAGAUAUUAAAGCUGGCAGAUACUUAGAACAUGGAGAGUAUGAAGGAAACCUUUAUGGCACCAAAAUAGAUUCCAUCCUUGAAGUGGUUCAGACUGGAAGGACGUGCAUCUUGGAUGUGAACCCACAGGCCUUGAAAGUAUUGAGGACUUCAGAGUUUAUGCCCUAUGUAGUGUUUAUUGCUGCUCCAGAGUUAGAGACUCUGCGUGCUAUGCACAAGGCUGUGGUGGAUGCUGGAAUUACAACCAAACUUCUAACAGACACUGAUUUGAAAAAAACAGUUGAUGAAAGUUCACGGAUUCAGAGAGCAUACAACCACUAUUUUGAUCUCAUCAUUGUAAAUGACAAUCUAGACAAAGCCUUUGAGAAGCUACAGACUGCUAUAGAGAAAUUGAGGUUGGAGCAACAAUGGGUCCCAAUUAGUUGGGUAUACUGACAGAUUUUUGAAGAUGGGCUUAGCUAACAAAUGAAAAUAGCUGCAACAAACAUUCUCAGAAGACAUUCUGUAGAGAUGGAAGAUACCUGCAGCACCCUUGCAUUUUUACUCUGUGUAUAUUCAGAUGAUAGUACACUAUUCUGAGUUUUUAUAUAACAUAUUGAAGGAAAAGUGUACUUAAAUAUGUAAUUUAUUUUAAUUUUUCUAACUUUUUACAGAUAACCUUUCUAUUCAUGUCACGUGAAGGAAAUGCGUUGAAGCAUUUUUAUAUGUUUUAAUUUAGUACCUUUGCCUUUUUCAUCUAAACUUUCAAGUCAUUCACUUUAACAUUUACAUUUUGGUCUUACAUUUUCACUGUGAUAAGGAAGGAUACUUGAAACAAUUUUUGUAAAACUCUUGUUCAAGUUAGUGUUCAUCUGGUCAAAGGUCAGUUAUUAGGAGAAAACACUAAUCCUUUUCCUAAUAGGCACCUUUAAAUUAUUUUUUUAUGGGAGCAAAAUUUUAAAUAUUAAAGCAGCAACCAGCACUGCUUUGCUACAUUGCUCUGACAUCUUUCUGCUCAAUGUUUAUACAUUUUUGCAGUUUCAUGGUUUCUUGUUGUCUAUUUUGAUUUAGACAGAUGUACUGUAGACUUCCCCUCUGUGUACCAUUAAAAAACAAUAAUGUAAAACAAUACCUUGCACUCUACUUAUUAGGCUGUUCUUGGGAGAAAACCUUUUAGCCCAUUACAGUUGAGGUACUGAUGUCAGAAAGGUUGUAUGUAAUGUAAAUUGUUGUAGUUAGGAUCAUGGUGAAGUAGCCCGAGAAGAGAGCCUUAUAUUGCAGAGCCUUACAAUGAGGCUGUGUGUGUAGGACUAUUUAUUCACAUUUGUGAAAACACAUUGCUAAGGAAACCUGCUUUUUUAUUGAGGCGUUCGGUAUUUGUAUAUUGAUCUGUGAAUUGAGUUCAUGUGAUAUUUAGCUGGCUCUUAUUUUACAUUUUGGAAUAUUGUGAGUGAUCAGCUGUUGUGUUUUGUGAAAUGUGAUGUAAUGAGAUUUUUGUGCUAUUUGUUAUAUUGUGUUUAAACUGCAUUCUUCAUUGAAUAGCUUGUGAAAUUUGAAAGUUAUUGUCAGAUGCUAAAAAUCAAUGUUAUUUAUAUUUUGUUUUAUAACAUGA